UGUCAGAAUCCCAACCCCAAAGCCACUCCCCCUUUGAUAUCUCCAAUAAAGAGGAGAAAAAAAAAAGCUAGAGAGAGAAUUUUGAACAAAAAAAAGAAGAGAGAGAGAGAGAACCAAACUCAAACUAACAUAGUUUUGUUUGCUUCCGCUGUCUCUACAUUGGGAUUAAGCCUUUUCUCAUUCUUCUUCUUCCUCUUCUUCUUCUUGUUCUUUUCUUGGUUCCUCUCUCAAGACGCACAAAAAACCACAGAAAGAGACAGAUACAAAGUGUCCGUUUCAUUACAAAACAAGCCACACAUCUCCAUCGAUGUCUUCUUCUUCUUCUUCCUCAGUUUCUCCAACUAGUAUGAUAUCCAAAUUUGUUGGGCUUCUUCUUGUUUUCUCUCUUCAACCUCACGUGCUACUGGGCUCGGGUUUCCAUCAAAAGAACCAAACACUCAGACCUGAUAAAGAGAUUCUGAAGCUCAGACGAGUCGAAGCCUAUCUCAAGAAAAUCAACAAACCUCCAAUCAAAUCAAUCCGCAGCCCAGAUGGAGACGUGAUAGACUGCAUACUCUCUCAUCUUCAACCAGCUUUUGAUCAUCCUCAGCUACGAGGGCAAAAGCCACUGGAUUCGCCGGAGAGACCAAGAACAAGAAAUGAAACGAAGGAGGAGAGCUCCUUUCAGUUAUGGAGUUUGUCCGGUGAAACGUGCCCGGAAGGCUCGAUACCGAUGCGAAGAACAACGAAGAGCGAUAUCUUGAGGGCGAGUUCUCUGAGAAGGUUUGGUCGGAAACUGAGAAGACCCAUCAGAAGAGAUUCCUCCGGUGGAGGCCACGAGCACGCGGUGGUGUUUGUAAACGGAGAAGAAUACUAUGGAGCAAAAGCUAACAUCAACGUGUGGGCGCCACGUGUCACCGAUGCUUACGAGUUCAGUCUGUCUCAGAUUUGGGUCAUCUCUGGCUCCUUUGGUAAUGACCUCAACACCAUUGAAGCUGGAUGGCAGGUUAGCCCUGAGCUGUAUGGUGAUAAUUACCCAAGAUUCUUCACAUAUUGGACUACAGAUGCAUACCAAGCAACAGGGUGCUACAAUCUAUUGUGCUCGGGCUUUGUACAAACCAACAACAAAAUUGCAAUUGGUGCUGCGAUUUCUCCGAGGUCCUCUUAUAAUGGAAGACAGUUUGACAUCGGUUUAAUGAUUUGGAAGGAUCCGAAACACGGGCAUUGGUGGUUAGAACUAGGGAAUGGAUUGCUGGUGGGAUAUUGGCCAGCAUUCUUGUUCAGUCACUUGAGAAGCCACGCAAGCAUGGUUCAGUUCGGGGGUGAAAUCGUGAACAGCCGAUCAAGCGGAGGCGCUCACACCGCUACGCAAAUGGGGAGCGGGCGUUUCGCGGACGAAGGGUUCGCUAAAGCGGCCUACUUUAGGAACUUACAGGUCGUGGAUUGGGACAACAAUCUCUUGCCUUUGAACAAUCUCCAUGUCUUGGCUGAUCAUUCUGCUUGUUAUGACAUUAGACAAGGCAAGAGCAAUGUUUGGGGAACUUAUUUUUACUAUGGAGGUCCCGGUAGAAACCCUAGGUGUCCUUAAACUACGUGUAACCCUAUAUAUAUAUAUAUAUAUAUAUAUAUAUGUUUGUGUAUGCAUGGCUCUUAUUUCUUUGUUAAUUGUAUUUUUAUUUAGAUUUA